AUGGCUUCGAACACCGUCAUCAUCCUCUCUUUCCUCGUAGCUCUCGUUUUCUCCUGCAACCUCCAAACCACCACGGCCCGCCGCCUCUUAAACAUCCCAGGCCUCCCUGGUUCCCCAUCAUUACCACAAGUCCUUCCUCUUAAGGCGUUCCAAGAUCAUUUCCCAACUCCGUUCUUCUCGUUGGCAUCACAAGCAACGCCUCCUCCCAGCCGUUCUUCCCUCUUAUCAUCGGCAACCCCUCCACCCCCUCGUUCUACGUUUUUCCAAUCGGCAAUUCCUCCACCCCACAGCUAUUCCAUAUUGUCAUCUGUAACCCCUCCGCCCAGUCGUUCUUCUCUCUUCCUAUCGGCAACUCCUCCACCCCGCCGCUAUUCCAUUUUCUCAUCAGCAACACCACCACCCAGCCGUUCUUCCAUCUUCUUAUCAGCAAACCCACCACCCAACCGUUAUUCCCUCUUCACCUUAGCAACUCCUCCACCCAGCCAUGCGUCUCUCUAUCGGUAUGCAACCCCUCCACCCAACCGUUCCUCCCUCUUCUCUUCGGCCUAG